CUUUCGUUUACGCUCAGUGGGUGUAGCAACCUUCUUACAUUCAUACGACUUGUGCUGUUCGUCAUCACAGUAAACACAACCCUUUGGUGUUGAGGAAUCUUUGGAGAAGAACGAAUGGUUGCGGUUGUAGGGGGUCCUAGGGUUAUGUUCGCUUGAACUUUCCACCAGGUGUAUUGCUUUCCAAUUUUCCAGAGCUUUUAACAAAUCAGCAAAUCCCCAAUCUUGCCAUCCAACCUGAUUUGUGACCAACUCUGCCUUAAUACCAGGUAAUUUCUCUAUAACACCCCGUACCAUUGACAAACUCUGCGAUAGUUUACUCAAUGUUUCUAAUGAUUGUACAUUGUAGCUCAGGUUCUUGAUAAAUUCAUGUAUCUUGUUUACUUUCGUGCCAGUUAUUGUAGGCAACUCUUGUAUGUUUUUUACAUAUGCCCUAACAAUUUCACUUGUAUUCCCAUGAUUAGUUUUCAAAAUGUUUUUAGCACGGGUGUACCCCUCCAUGGUAAAGGGUAGCCCAUCAAUCUCGUCACACACAUGGAGCUCUAACAGUUCCUUUAGGUAAGGGAACUUGGUUACAGCUGGGAGGUCUGUAUUGUCUAUUUCAGCUUCAAUGUAUUCCAGAAAGACAGCCAUCUUUCAUAUGUACCAUCAUACUUUGUUAUUACUAACUUAGGCAUUUUAACACUGCUCACCUUUGCUUGUUCUGGCUUUGUUGACUUGACACUAACCGAACCCAAGCUAGCCAUUUGUUCCAAUUUACAUUUUUCGAAAUACAGUUCUUCGUCCCGUUGUUGUUUUAGCAAUAUUUUCUCCUUUUCACGUUUCUCGUUCUCAGUCCUCGCCUCGGCUUCUUUUAAAUCUUGAUUUAAGUGUGAUAUUUCGCAAUCCGUCUCAUCAAUCUCGCCUUCGAUAUCGACUCCCCAUUUUUGAACAUCUUCGAUCGCUUCCCCGUCUUGUAGUUUGUCCUUUUCGCCUUGCAUUUUAAGCUCUUCUAAUUCUUUCACGAUUUUCCCCAACGCUUCUUUAUGUCGAAUGAUUUUGUCAAGAUUUCCCUUCUCUAGAAUCGCUUUCGUUUUGCUUCGUGUGAGUUUUAAUAGCUGUCGCUCGGUGUCUAUAAAAUUAUCGCUCUUUUUAUCCAUUUUAUCUGUUAUUUUCUGGGGUUUUUUCGCUCACAUAUCCCGUGUGGAGGUGCCACGUGUUGUAAAUAGUUAGAAUCACUCGAUAAAAGGUUUAAAACUUCUUUAAUUCUCACUUCGACAUAAAGUAGAUUUUGUGUUUCUUGUUAAUAUUCGCAAUCCCAGGAAAAGCAUGCUUUCUUCCAGGAAAACCCCCACGGUCUGCAGACUGCAGACCGGACUGGGUACAAAAUGCAGACUGGGGGUAUAAAAUGCAGACUGAGGAUAAAAUGCAGACUGGGGGUGAAUUAGGGAUAUUUUACAAAUUCCCGCCAAGCCAUAGUCACGUGAUCGUUCUUGUUGAUAAUAUUAAUGUUGAAGCUAGUCACUUUCAUCAAAAUGGACGAAGACAGCGAUGUAGAGGUAUUGAUAUUAUAUGAAUAUUUAUAUUAUUCUCAUUCAACCGUAAAACUUGAUAACUUUAACACAUUUCUUUGCUUUUAAUAUUUGAACGUUUGGUUACGUUGCAUUAACCCGAAGCACUCCUUGAAGAUGUUCAGACACAUACUUGUUGGCUUGUGUUUUUGAGCUAAUUUAAUAUAUGUAUUGCACAUCAUUUCUUCUGGCAAGCAAGAUGAUGGGCCAAACACCGAUUACAGAUUGUUAUAUUUCAAAAUCAAGAGCUCGCUGUCAAACGUAAACCCUGAUGGAAACGGAUUGUACUGGUGUCUUGGUCAAGACCGGCUAUUGAGAAGCCAUCUUGGUCUGGGAGUUAAGUAUGCUUACUGCCUUAACUUUGACAAAAUUGACUCAAACGCAGUUUUACAUGUCGCCCUUCUACUUAUCUCGGGCGAUGUUGCAACAAAUCCUGGCCCGACCCAAACAACAUCUGCAGAUAUUAGUUUUCAAUCUUGUUCUAGUCAAAACAUUGGUCAGAUUUGGCAAGGGAAAAAUCUGUCUGUGUUAUAUGCUAAUGCACGUAGCAUUGUAAACAAAACAGACAAACUGUGUCUGGAAAUCCAUAGCGGGCAGUUCGAUAUUGUCGUAUUAACUGAAACACAUCUGGACAAUACCAUAGUCGAUUCAGAAAUUUUCCCACCGAAUUUUAUAGUAUUUAGACAUGAUCGUCAGCACCUUGGUCGUCACGGUGGCGAAGUCUUAAUAGCGACUAAAAACACGCUUAAAGUCCAUCAUAGAGACGAUAUCACAUGUACAGCAGAGUUACUGUUUGUAGAUAUUUUACUUCAUAGAAACAAGAAAUUGACAAUUGGUGUUUUCUAUAGACCGCCAAAUAGAGAAUGGCAGCCUUUGGAAGAAUUAAACCAAAUUCUUAGUGAAAUUUCUACGUCUGAUAUAAUACUUUUAGGAGACUUUAACAUAAGCGAUAUCAACUGGAACAAUAUAAGUCCCCAGAGAGAUUCUUUAUUGGAAAAUCUUCUGAUAGAUAUUGUUCAUGAACAUUUUUUCAGUCAACAAGACGCCUACUCAGGCGUUCACUCCGCCUGCAGGCCUGCGGAGAAAAUGGGGACAAUGUAGGGUGCGAUGGAAAAGUGAAGUCAAAUAUAAGCCGAAGUGGUGACGUUUGGCUAAUGCUGACGCCACUACACGUCUUAAUUAACACAUGCGUAGGGGGCUGAAGCUGACGUCUAAACUGGCUGUGAUGGCGUGCAAGGAGCCUGAAACUGACGUCCUAAUGUCCAAACUUUACAUUGAAUUUUCAUAAGAAAGUGCCAUAACCUAUAAGAGACAGAAAUAGGAUAUUAAUUCUGACACACCAAUUCUGUUUGGCCCAUCAUUGUAAUAAUAGAGGCCCAAAAAGCAUGUUUGAGUGGCUUGGUAGGUAUUCUGCCCAGAGUCCUAGUAGGGUUGAAUUAGAUACAUUACACAACACAUAGUAUCUAUUAAUGUAUCGAUCAAUUCGAAACUGCACCAUCCCCCCCCCCGGCAUACCCCGGGAAUUUGACUUCAAGUCUUCUCUAGGAAGUAGGUAAUUUGACGUUCUAGGUCUUCCAUGUGGUGGGCAUUUGAUAACGGGGUGGAGAAUUUGAACCGGAAGUCUUAACAUUUUGCCCGUUUUCGCGUGCUUCCUGCAUGAACAGAAAAUACUUCGCAUUGGCGGCAAAUGCAGUUUUCUCAGAUUUCGAGGGAAACGGCCUCAAUUUUGUGAAAAACUGGCUCAAAGAAACGGGCAUGGAAAAUCUACGUGCUUCAUUUGAAGGUAUGUACUACAUAAUUGUGUAAAACUGUUAAAUUUCCAGAAGGUAUCCAAACUUUUUACGUGGAUUUCGCUAUCCUGUCGAAAAACAUUUCCGUAUAUUUUGUACUUUUUGUAUUUACUGUUUCAUAAUUUUCAUAUGAAGGUGGGCCAUUUGAACGCUUAAUUUCUUGUUACAGUGGGGGCAUUUGAAGACAUUUUUUGCACAGGGGGUGGAGAAUUUGAUCAGUCAAAUUUCAAAAAGUUCAAAUUCCCAGGGUCGGCCCGGGGGGGUGGGGGUGGUGAAGUUUCGAAUUGAUUGAUACAUAACACACAGGGGCAGUAGAAAGAGCAAAGCAAGCAAACCCAAGCUGGCUGUGAGUUCAAGAAGCUGACGUUUCUGUUAUUUGUUAACAUGACUAUAUAUCAUAGAUUAUAUUCUUGUCUUGCAACCAGUCCCUUGAGAAUUAAAAGAAUGUGCGAAAUUCAGUAAAAAAUAAUGAGAUUCUUUGUCUUAAUACUACCACAUGGCUGCCGUUUCCGGUAGUUGCGUACUAAACGUGUAUAGUAAAUUAUAAACACGACAGCUUCAAUACUACAUUUCCUAAACUCUUCAAAACAUUGAAAUAUAUUUAAUAACCCGAUAGCCUCAACACUACAUAGCCUAAACUCUUCAGAACAUUGUAGGGACCUUUCACACAAGAAUAUAUUUUGCUAGUCAAGAAUAUAAGAUCGACAUUUAAUACGACAUACAGUAGGAGUUAAUAUUUUUAUUUAUAUUUAUGACUUUAAAGAAUUUCUUGUUGUCAAAAUGCAGCAUGUACUACCAAAAUAAGAAUGUUUAGUAUCCCUUACCUCAGUUGAGUCUGGAAGCUUUGUCUCGACAUUCAUCUUUUUAGUAUUUUUCAGCGCACAAGACCGUUUCACAGUUCGCAGUUUAGAAAAAUACUGUAAGCAGAGCUGUGAGCAUGCGCAUUGCGCUGCCAAAUCGUAUAACAUUAUCCACAAAUGUCAAUAGAAAGUAUCUAAAUAUCAUGGAAUGUACACAUUUAUCAAGGAGCCUGUUUGUGACACUGACGACAACCGACAACAGACUCAGGCAUUUUUAGACUCCGCACUGCGCAUGCGCAGGCGGAGUAAUUAGUAAAUGAACCGACAAGAGGGUCAAACAUUCUUGACCUUGUCUUAACAACAUCAACCGACCAUAUACAAGACGUUCAGGUGGGCGAACCUUUUUCAGAUCACAAAUUAAUCACUUUCAAAAUUAGUUGUAAGCCGUACGAGAAUAGACAAUCCCGCAAACAAUAUUAUUCUUAUAAGAAAGCAGACUGGGACAGCUUAAGAAACCUCCUUUUACAUGCCACAUGGGAACUUUCUCUGGCCGACAAUAAUACGAACGUUUGUUGGCAAACAUGGAAAGAUCUCUUUCUAGCGGCCGUGGACGAUUGCAUACCAAAAGCCAAUGUAGCGAAAAAUAAACAAAAUGCGCCUUGGAUAACUCGGGAACUAAUUUCACUAUGUAGGAAAAAGAAGGCUGCGUAUAAAAAAGCGAGAAAGUCCGGAAAAAAUCGUGACUGGCUAUAUUAUAAAAAAUUAAACUCGAUGGUUAAACGAAAGUGCAACUUAGCUCGACAGUCGUACGUAGAUGAUUUGAUAGAAGAACUAAAAGUGAAUAACGCCAAACCCUUUUGGAAAUAUGUAAAUUCGAAGCGCAAAGGUACUAACAAUUUAGUAUUAUUAAAAGUGGCUGAUAGAGAAAUUACUAACGACAUGGAAAUUGCUGAAAGUAUGAACACUUACUUCUCUUCUGUGUUUACAGACGAAACUUAUGACAACUUUCCCACCGUAAACCGUAUAUUAAAUGAGGAGUUGACGGAUGUUCAAUGCACAAUUGAAGAAGUCGAAAGACACUUAAAAACGUUAAAUGUUUGUAAAUCCUCUGGACCGGACAAUAUCCCACCGCGAAUAUUAAAAGAAUGCGCCUCUCAACUAGCACCAUCAUUAGCGAUGUUUAAUAUCCUUUUCCUCGGGUAUGCUCCCCCAAGACUGGAAACUAGCUAAUAUUGCUCCAAUUCACAAAAAGAAUUCGAAAUGCAAGAGAGAAAACUACCGACAAAUCUCACUAACAUCUAUUAUAUCUAAGAUAGCAGAAAAGAUUGUUCGGGAUAGAUCAGUUGAAUUUUGGCUCAGUCGGAAAGUAUUUAAUGAAAAUCAAUUUGGAUAUCUUAAGAACAAGUCUACUUUAUCCCAAUUAUUGUUAUGCUACAACGACUGGGCAAAGACUAGAAACGAUACAAAAGCAACCGAUGUUGUUUUUAUGGACUUCAGUAAAGCGUUUGACAGCGUGCCACACGAACGUCUGCUGUAUAAGUUGGAACAGCACGGUAUUGGAGGGGCUUUACUGAAAUGGUUUAGAAACUUUCUUAGAAAUCGUCUACAAUGA